CGGAUUCACAGACAUUUGACACACACAAGCACACACACGCAUCUUAGUCAGUCCUGUAGCUACAGCAAAUACAGCAGAAGCUCUCCUAAAGCUGUGCAGUAGCUCUGAUACAGUAGCUUUAUAUUUGUACAUGCUUUUUUCACUGCUAUGAUACAGUUAAGGAGGAUUUUCCUGUAGACGACACUGGAGGUUUUUUCCAAAGUGGCGGGAAAUUUCUGUUUUAAUGAGGAGGAGAAAUCUCUUUUCAUUUGUUACUUUGCUUUAAAGAAUAUUCUUCCUUUUACUGUGUCCAGCCACUUGGCAAUUGUCAAAGAGGAUUGCAUUGUUCUGUUUUCUGGAUGUACAGACUUGUGACAGCUGCAUAAAACCAACACCUGGACUAAGCUGCAGCCGACCUCUUCCUCCGUGUUUUCUUUGUGCCUCAUUGAGAAUAAUUUCCUAGUUUGAUCGCACUCGCCAUGCUGGAUCAACUGUCUUGUGUCCGCAUUGACCGUGCCCCUCUCAGGCUUCCACCAAUCAGCAGGAACAUGGAUGAGAGAGCCAUACGAUUUGAGUUAGAGCGCCAGGCCUGUCAGAGUCUCAGACAAGUUCUCCAGCUGAAGCUACAACAGAGACGGUCCAGAGAGGAGUUGGUCAACCAGGGGAUCAUGCCGCCCCUGAAAAGUUCAGCUACCUUCCAUGAACAGAGACGGAGCUUGGAACGAGCACGGACUGAGGACUAUCUCAAGAGGAAGAUCAGGAGUCGACCCGAGCGAUCUGAACUGAUCAGGAUGCACAUCCUAGAGGAGACGUCAGCAGAGCCGUCACUUCAGGCCAAGCAGCUGCAGCUGAAGAGAGCUCGUCUUGCAGAUGAUUUGAAUGAUAAGAUCUCCCACCGGCCAGGGCCCAUGGAGCUGAUCCACAAAAACAUCCUGCCUGUUCACUCCAGCAUUAAACAGGCAAUAAUAGAGACACAGUUUCCAAAGGCUUCAGGUGAUAACUCUUCAUGUGAUGAGGACAGCAAUUACAGUCUGUCUCCAGAGCAGCCAGUAAGCCAGGAGUCUCCUCUGGGCCUGCUACCUCUGCCCUCCCCACCAGAGACUCUGGCUGGGAGCAGCAUCCCAUCUCCUACACAGGUCGCUCCUCCUGCACCUCCUCCACCACCUAUCUCUGGAGCCCCCACCUCAUUGAAGCUGACCAAUGGGAUUACAGCACCAUCUGCCCAGAGGACAGGGGCGAUCUCACAGAUCAAGUACCAGCCUAAACCAAACUCUGACCGCUCUGCACACAGUAAGAAACCAAAAGACAACAAGCCAAAGAUUAAAAAGUUAAAGUACCAUCAGUACAUCCCUCCGGACCAGAAGGGCGAUAAAGAGCCUCCUCCCCAUCUUGACUCAUCUUAUGCCAAAAUCCUCCAGCAGCAGCAGCUCUUCUUGCAGCUCCAGAUCCUCAAUCAGCAGCAGCAGCACUACAACUACCAUGCCAUCCUGCCUGCACCACCCAAACCUCAGAUGGAUCAGCAGCCCUCUUCCUCCUCCAAUUCCACAACCAUCUCCUCCCCACCUCGACCUGUCGCCGCCUCUUCAACAGCCCCCUCUAACCAGGGCGGUCACAGCCGUCAGAGUUCUGCUCCUUUAGGUGGGACAAAACCAGCAUUUCUACCUCCAAACCUGGAUGAAAUGAAGGUCGCGGAACUGAAGUCCGAGUUGAAGCUGCGCAACUUGCCAGUCUCCGGCACCAAAAACGACCUCAUUGAGAGGCUGAGGACCUACCAGGAACUGAAUGGAGGCAGUGACACUACCUCCUCUCGAACAGCAGGGGGUACCACAGGGCCAGGGGCUGAAGGAGCAGGAAAAUCCUCCAAAACUGCUGCAACCACCACCUACAACAAUACAUCACAACAACAGCAACAGUUUCACUUUCAGUGCCAUCAGACGUCUUCUCUUACCGCUGAUGGUAGCAGUUCCGCCCCAGCAGCAGCCACUCCUCAACAGCUCAUUAGCUGUGGUCGCACCGUCUCCUCCGCUAACGCCUCGCUCACUCCCUCAGGCUGCUCACCGGGAGCCAUUAGCCCAGAAGAUACCAGCUUCAACAACGACCCCUUGGGGGAAAUGAUGAGUUCGCCUCUCACGCAGCUGAGCCUUCAGCCAUGUUCUGCUGCUGAGUUUCCAAUUAACAUUAAAGAAGAGCCGAACUGCUCCACCCCAGCUCCUUGUCAAUUCUCUUUAAAGACUGCCUCUCUGCAGAAACAUUGCCUGGCCUCAUCAGCUGCCGCCACAACUACAACCACGGCUCCAGUAGUGGCUAUGGACAAAGACAAGAUGCUGCAGGAGAAAGACAUGCAGAUAGAGGAGCUGACCAGGAUGCUGAGGCAGAAACAGAGGCUGGUGGAGUUGCUGAGGAUGCAGCUGGAGCAUGGGAAGAGGGGAGGAAGAGUUUCAGAGCCGCUAGUUCUUGUAAGAGUUAAACAAGAACCACCUGAUAAGCCAAAUGUCCCUCUCUCAUUUGGCCACCCACCUUUCCCCUCUCCACCUUCAUCUGUUUCAUGUGACAUGGAUGUUACCAAGGUAACGGUCAAACAGGAAGCUGUUGAGGCAGAGGAUGUUGUGUCUGAGGCAACUACGCAAUUACCAGACACUCAUGGAUUACCACGGUCUUUGAUCCAAACUCAGGACGUGCAAAUCAAGCCAGCGCAGAUGAACAAACAGACAAAACAACAACAUAUAUGUCUCCAGCAAACCACUCUGCAGUUUGCCCAGCAACAGGCCAUACAGAAACUUUUGCUACAGCAACAGCACAAUAUUCAGAACCAGCAGCAGACAAAUCAGAACAGCAGUCAGACGCUAGAGAAUCAGCAGAACCUGCAGAGACUUUCUCAGCAGAGAAAAAAGAAAUCUCAAAAACAGCAGCUCAAACAGCAGCAACAGCAGCAGCAACAGCUGCAAUCACAACAUCUGCAUCAACAGUCAAAGCGGCAUCAACAGCAGAUGCAGCUGAAGCAACAGAUUCUUCUGAAGCAACAAAAGUCAGUUUUACAGCAGCAAAAUAAGCAGCAGCAGCAGACUAAACAACUGCAACAAUUCCAGAUACAGACCAAGAUACAUCUGAAGCAACAACAGGUGCUAAUACAGCAGAAACAACCAGCGCAACAGCAGUCCCCACAGGUGUCUCAAACGUACCUCAACCAGCAGUCAGCCUCAGCCCCCUCGUUCCCACUGGAUCUUCUUAAGAGUAACUCCGCCCCGACUCUGGUCACCGACAGCAAUGGUAACCACUUCCUGAUCGCACUGACCAGUCACAUUACAGAGAACCAAAGAAGUGAUGCGCCUGAGACUAAAACAACCAAUCAAAUCACUCUGCAGCGACUACAGUCUUCUCCAGCCAAGCUCCCUGGCCACAAUCCUGUUCAGCUGCCUAAAGCUGAUAAUCAAACCAAACAGAGCGUGCAUGAGGGAUUUUUGAAACAACAAAAGACAAAGCCACAGAAUGGGGGACUUCAGGUAUCUGUUGACCAGCCUCAGCAGGAAGUUACUCAGUGUUUGUCAGCACCUCCCAGUCUGCAGCCUUUCUUCAAGGACCAGGAGACCGCUCCCUCAGGGAAAAACACCUUAUCACCUUCCUCUCAAAUUGAUGUCUGCCCUAGUCUGGAUGUCUUGUUUAGUCCUCUGUCUCCUGCCUCCAUUAAGACAGCUGCCUCAUCGCCUGAUAACAAAGAUACAGAGCGCGAGGAUGAUUUUAUUGACAUAAUUUUGCAGACAGGAGAGAUGUCGAGCACCUUCAAACCAGCACCUGACCCGUCUCUGGAGCAUCUAAAUCCAAACUCCUCUGCGUCUUCCCCUCCUCCCUCCCCGCUCCAGCUGUUGCUACCCCCCUCCAUCCCACCCAGCUGUGACACCCCACAGCAGGCCCUCUCGGUGCAGUCUGAGCUUCAGACUCUGGUCGACACCACAGAACAGAAACAACACCUCAGUAGCGCUGGGAGUGGACGCCUGGAGGACUUUCUGGAAAGCACCACUGGUAAGCCUCUCCUGGGGGUGGAACCCGGGGGCCUGUUGACUUUGAUUGAUGACCUCCACAGUCAAAUGCUGUGCACUCCCAGCAUCCUGGACCAUCCCCCAUCUCCCAUGGAUACCUUCGAUAUGGCAGUGGAGGGGGAGCAUGGGCUGGACAGUAUGGAUUGGUUGGAUCUCACCAUUGGAGGAGUGAGGGGAGAGGAAACCCCCACACUGGCCCCACUGGGCCCCCAGACACCCCCUAGUGUGUUUUCCACAGACUUCCUGGACAGUUAUGACCUGCAGACACACUGGGACUCCUGCCUAUAGCCUAUAGCAAUCGGAACGCAAACAUCCUAUACAGUUGCAUGCACUCACACAGUUGCACACAUGCACAAAAACAUGGAAUUGAUUGCUGAGGCUUCAGUAUCUAAUUAGAGCACUCUUUCUUUAUCUUCUCACGCACUGGUAUAUUGAAUCUUCAAGCACUUUGACCUUUAUUUAUUUUAUUUACAGGCUGUAAUAUUGAUUUUUGUACAGACACUUAUUAGGCAGGUCCUAUAUCUGUUCUUGAUUCUUUAGCAACAGUUUUGUCAACACAUUAGUUGAUGAGACACUUCUAACUGAGCCAUUAACCUGUAGCUUACAUAUAAAUUAAUCCCAUCUUUCUUUGUCACAGACACCAUGUUACAGCGGAGAGAAGUUUAUCGGCUUAUUUGACUGUCUCCUAAUUAGAGCGCAAAUCCUUAGUUGCCUUUUGUAGUACAGAUACAGAUCAAGAUCAAUAGUAUACCACUACAGGAAGUGGUAAAGCCAAUCAAUAACCAAAGUUAGGCUUAAAGACAAUGGUGUUAUUGCAACAUAAUAGUUUAUGUGUGGAGCAGAGAUGUUGUUUGGUCAUAAUUUCAAAAUAUGUUGUGAUUUUAGAUCACACUUAACUGAAUCAUGUUUUUCUUAUACAUUUUUGACAGUUACAGAAUAUAUGUCUCCACAUCUUAGACAUUGGUUUAGGUUAAAGCACUGAGUGUGUUACUGCAAUGUAUCCUAUUCAGUAUUGAUGAAACUGCCAUCACAUACAUACAGCAGACCCCAACUGCUUUGGAACAUUUCAUUAACAGCAACAACAUUAUUACAGUACAGCAACAAAACAAAAUAGAUUGUCAUCAUCGUAAGUGAGACAUAAAAACCCUGCAGUCUGUUGUACAAAACCUGCUCAGUAUUCAGGCUUUAACUGAAUGGAAGGUUCCACUUUUCUCACGUUUGCAGAUUCUCAAAGAGAGUUGCAAGAAGUAUCUCACACGCUUUCUGUUGGUGAGAACAAAUACUGAGCACUUUGCAACAGUCAGCGUUCAAUGUUGAGUACCUACUGUAUGCUCAAGCUCUAAUUUCAGGAUAUAAGAUAAAAGACACUUUUGAAAAACUUUUGAGAUUUCAUACACAACCCAACUUCUAAACUUAGUUCAUUUGGGACAGUUUUAGAAAGUUCAUAUUAUAUUGAUCGUUAAUAUUUUUGAGUACUCAGAAAGUUUAGCAGAAAUGGACAUUGAAUAUGUCACACAUGAGCCCAUUGUCUUAAUCUUUUUUAUUUGACAUAAUGCUACUUUAUAGUAUGUACAUUACAUAAAUCUAUACACGUUUUGUAUUAAUAUUUCAUGUGUGAAUGUAUUUGGUAUGAAAUCUUCUAUAAUAUAAGCGCUACACAUAUGGUAAACAGGUUUUUGUGGUCAUUUUGGGACUUUUGUGUUGCUGCCAUACUGUAGUUUCCUUCCCUUUCUAUUAACACACACACACAUACAGUAUAAUAAAAAAAGGGAAACUCCUGCAGCGUUAUAGAUUCUUAACACAUUUAGUUUGAUGUAAUGCCUUCUGCAUAAGGAUGUUUGUGUGAAUGGUGAUAUUUAGCUGUCCUGUACUGUAUCAGUACUUUUGCCUAUGGGGAAUGUCCUUUCCUCUUUGAGAUUUUACACUGCUGUAAUGUACCAGUUUAGACACUGAAAAUGUAUUAUAAGACAUACAGCUUUUCAUUUUAGCUGUGGAUACUGUGACUUAUUCUGUUUAUGACAAAAUGUCUGUAUUGUGAAUCCAAAGUCUUGGAGACUUGCUCAUUAGCACAAUCACAAACCCAUACACACACACACAAGUUCAUUUAUCAUUUUACACUUUCAUGCAUUUCUCAUCACAAAAAUACUGCACCAUACUGUACAUCUGUAAUCAUAUUUACACUUUAUAUGUGAUGGGUUUGGAGACUUUGUCAUAGUUUCCUAAAAGUACGGUCGGCCUCUGAGUGAGUUCAUACCAAAUCAGCAUUCAACAAAUCCAAACCCUUUUUUUCUGUCUUUAAUCUGUUCAAUAUUAAAUUCAGUUGAGUUUGCCACUUAGAUUUAUAAGGUUAAGUGGUAGCCACAUUGUGUCAUCCAUUUGCAUUUGGAUGGGUACAAUUUCUUUUUGAUUUUCUGACUUUGUUCUUACUCUCAGGUGACCAUAUGAACAUUGAAACUGUUGUUCUGUUGUCUGAACUCUUGUUCACACACUGGCCAUUAAGAGACCCCCUGAUGCGUGUGAUUGGUGGAAGUGAUGGGGGAGAAAAUCCUUGUUCUGUGAAAAAAUGUAUGCCACAUUUUCUUUUAACUCUUAGCAGUUAUAAGAGACAAAUUCUGAAGUAUUCUUUUGAUUCUAAUAGUUAAUAGGUUUUAAUUGUGUAUUCAGUAAGUAGUCAAGUAGUGUAUGCCAACCUAGGCUAAAUACUGGAAACUCAGUUAUUUCAAUGUACAUAGUACUUAUUUGGGUUUUUGUUGAACUUUUUAUUUUAUUUAUUUCAUUUAAUUUCAUUUUAAGUGCCUGGCAUGAAGUAUUAAAUACACUUCAACUCUGUCAAAGUUAUGUGGACUUUCAAAUAAGAGGAACGUCUGAUUUCUGCUGCAUUAUUUCUGUAAGUGUUGGGCUGCCUCAUGUAAAUGAUUGUGAAAGCAUUAGGAAAAAAUUAUUGGACGUUUUGGGGAAAUUGUUUGAGCUUUUUGUGUACUUAAACUUAAAGUAUUUCUUUUUCUAAAAACAACAAUGAAUUUGUUAAUAAAAGACGAGAUAAAUCAGUCUGC